GUCAAAUAAUUAAUAGAAUAAUAAUACAAAUAAAUUUUUAAAAAUCAGCUUACAGUGAAAAUCUUGCCGAUUUAAUUCAGCAUUCCAGCUCAGCGCGCUUAAUAAUUUGGUGAUGGGAAUGCUACAUAUUUAUUGUUGUUGAGUAACGAUUCGUUGAAAUCGAUAAAUAUAGUGAUGAGAAUAGUCCCGCGAGGAAAAAUCCUUCUGUUUGAAAGCAACUGCAGACCGAGUAAGUACGAGAAGUCAAGAGAGAAAAAGUUUGCAAUUUGUGUUUGAAGUUUUCAAGUUAAGAUAUUCCUCUAAAAAACUUGUCAAUAUAUUUGUGCAGCACACUAUAAAGACAACUGAAAUUUCAAGAAGAUUCAAGUCAAAUUUAUUGAUUGUCAUGCAUGCACAGUACCAAAUCCCAUUAUCUUCCACUCCACAACAAGCAAAAGGAGUCAAUCUCUUGCAAUUGCAUGCCCUCCAAUGGCUAUAUGCGCAUGCCCAGAAAAACAUGGCGAAUAUGCAAAAUAUGCCAGCGGCCCAUUGCUGUCAGCAGCCACCGCCUAUUAAUUAUGUUCAGCCAAAUCUGAGCUAUUUGCAGCAGCAGAAUGGCGGCGGUGGCCAGCAACAGCCAUAUUAUAACCAUUUUAGUCAGCAGGGGGGCGACGGCAUCAAACAGCUUUACAAUCAUGCGCAGAGCGCCAGUCAAAAUAAUGUCCCGUAUAACUUUGGGCAAUCGCAGCCGCAGUCCCAGCCACAGCCGCAGCAGCAGCAACAACAGCAGCAUCCGCCGCAACAUUGCAUGGGGUUUGUGCCUUCGCAGCAGCCGUUUGGCGUUAACCAGGGUCAACAUCCAUUUUACCCGUACGGUCAGGGACCAUAUUAUGGCUAUUUGGCCAAUGCGCCAAACAUGGCUUAUAUGCCGUCGGUGCAGCAGCAACCGUUUUGUUCUGGGUCGUCGGGACUUAACUUUAUGCCUCCGGCCUGUGGGCAAGUAAAUCAAUCGGAUCAGCAGGCGAAUUUAAAUUCGAAUUUGAAUUCGAUACCCUCGGGCAGUUGCUCGAUGCCCUCAAAGCAAGCCAAUAGAAAGCAUAUCUUUGUGAACGGGGCACUUUAUAAUGCCGAAUUGGUCGAUCCUCCAAUGGAUAAAUUUCGUGCUGCCGGAGAAUCUGAAGCCUCUUUCAUGCCCAAUAAUCCGUCUGAGGAGGAGGACCCCGAAGAAGAUACCUACAAUCCGAUGGCUGGUAUCUUGCCAUCGAUCUAUGGCAUACGCUUCUAUAAUCCAAACUAUGGGCCAGAGGGUGCCAUUCCGCCACGUUUCUCUAAGAAGAAGAAAUACAAUCGAAAUGCCAAUGUGAACACUUGGCAGCCAUCGAAGUCAUCCGACGUAUUCGGUCAGGGCAUGUCGCGCUAUCAGGACUCGUGCCCACUGUACCCACUGCACCACUUGGCAGCUGCCGCUAGCUAUGGCCACAACGAAAAUGCCAUCGCUGCUGCCCACAACAAUCGAAACCAACCGGAGCCGGAGCAGCAGCUGGCAGAUGCCGCUAGCGCAGCUGCUCAAAACUUUAUGGGCUCCAUGUCGCCGAACUCGAAGGCAAAACGUCGACAAGGACGCAAUCGUCCACGCGGCUACAUCCAAUCGUUCGGCAUAGUUGCGCCCAUCAAGCACAACAAUAACAUGGACAAGAGCAAUGUAGUCGCUGCCAAAAAUGACUUCUCCAUGCUCGACAAAAAGUCACCAAUUAAACAGUGGGACAACUUUGAUCCAACCAAACUCAACGGCAAUCUCGAUUGGCCUUUGCUGAUGGAUGGCAACAAGUCGAGCGGCAACAACAACAGCAAAACCCAAACUAAACGUAACUUAUUUACAAAACAAUCAAAUGAUAAUUACUUCAUUUGAUCUGAGCCUUCAUUA